CAUGGAAAAUAUUUGGAGGCAGAUUCCAAAUGUGGCAGCUUUUAACAGCAACAUGCUGGAUGCUUCUUCUUGGACCUAUAUAUGGUAGUCAAAAUGAAGGAAGCUCAACAAAUCCGGAAGCUAAUAUGAAUAUUAGCCAGAUUAUUUCCUACUGGGGUUAUCCUUAUGAAAAAUACGACAUUGUGACAAAAGAUGGUUAUAUCCUCGGAAUUUACAGGAUUCCUCAUGGAAGAGCAUGUCCAAGAACAGCUGCAAAGCCUGCUGUGUAUCUGCAGCAUGGCUUAAUUGCCUCUGCCAGUAACUGGAUUUGUAACCUGCCCAACAACAGCUUGGCUUUCCUUCUGGCAGAUGUUUGUUAUGAUGUAUGGAUGGGGAACAGCCGGGGAAACACCUGGUCCAGAAGACACGUGAAAUUGUCAACCACAUCACCAGAAUACUGGGCCUUCAGUUUGGAUGAGAUGGCUAAAUAUGACCUUCCAGCCACAAUCAAUUUUAUCAUAGAGAAAACUGGACAGGAGCGACUCUACUAUGUGGGCCACUCCCAAGGCACCACCACUGUAUCUUCUUCCUUUUCAGCUUUCAUAGCAUUCUCUACUAAUCCAGAGCUGGCUAAAAGGAUUAAGAUAUUUUUUGCAUUGGCUCCAGUCACCACUGUGAAAUACACCCAAACUCCUAUUAAAAAAUUAACAACUCUUUCCAGAAAAGUAAUCAAGAUGUUGUUUGGUGACAAGAUGUUCUAUCCUCACAUAUUUUUUGACCGAUUCAUCGCCACCAAGGUGUGCAACCAGAAGAUAUUUCAUCAUAUUUGCAGCAACUUUCUAUUUACCUGGAGUGGAUUUGACCCAAAAAACUUAAACAUGAGUCGCUUAGAUGUUUAUUUGUCACAAAGCCCUGUGGGAACAUCUGUUCAGAAUAUGCUGCACUGGGCCCAGGCUAUUAAUUCUGGUCAGUUCCAAGCUUUUGAUUGGGGAAACCCUGAUCAGAACAUGAGGCACUUCCACCAGCGUACACCUCCCCUAUACAACGUUUCUAAGAUGGAAGUUCCAACAGCAGUGUGGAGCGGUGGACAGGACCCUGUGGCUGAUCUCAAAGAUGUUGAGAAUUUACUUCCUAAAAUUACCAGGCUUAUCUAUUUCAAGUUGAUUCCACACUACAAUCAUGUGGAUUUUUACCUUGGACAGGAUGCACCCUAUGAAGUUUACCAAGACCUAAUUAGAUUGAUGGAGGAAUGUUUGCAAAAUUAAAUACAUUUUCCUUUCCCUAAGGAAGCGGGUUUUUGUCAUAAGAAUGUGGAGCACAGACCCUAAGGUGACCCCUCCAAUAAUUUUCACCUCCCAGUGUCCAUGAAUUUGUGUAAUCCUCUCCCCUUGAGUGUGGGAGGGACCUGAGACUUGCUUCUAGACAAGAGAAUUGGCAAAGGUGAUGGGAUGUCACCCACUGAUUACAUUCUAUUAUGUAAGAAUCCAUCUUAGCAGACUGGAGCAAGAGAUUCUCCUUGUUGGCUUGAAAAGGCAAACAGAUAUGUUGAGGAAACCCACAUGAGAAGGAACAGUGUGUGACUUCUAGGAUCUGUAGGUGGCCUCCAGCUGAUAACCUGCAAAACAUUGGGACUCUCAGUCAUACACCUAUGAGAAAAUUAAUUCUGCCUAAAACCUGGAUGAGCUUGGAAACCCAUUCUUUCCUAGUAAAGCCUCCAGUUGAGAAAGCAGCCUGUCUAACACCUGGAUUGCAGCCUGGUGAGACCCUGAACAGAGGACCUAGCUAUGCCAUGCUUGGACUACUGACCCAUGGAAAGUGAGAUAAUAAAUAUAUGUUGUUUUAAACCA